CGUUCACAGUGGACUCGACCAUGUGGCCUGGACUCGGUGAGUCCGCCAGGAAGAAACAAAGAUCUAGCUUCCCAUAUAGUAUUACCAUUGCUACUGCCAGUGCUCUCUGCUCUAUUACUAAUCGGACUGGUAUAAGAGCGGGAAUAGAUCAGAAAGCGAUUCGGCAAAGAGUGGUGCGAGUCAUGGCGGUGCAAGCCGAGCUGGAUGAGCGGUAGCAGUCACAGGAAUGGCCAGUCGUGUCAUAACAUUACGAUAGAUAGAACUGCAGAGCGCAUAGUGAAAAUUCUUAUUAACUGGUAUCUUAUAGUGUUCGGAUUCUACAACGUAAGUAGUGUUGAGUGCUGGCCUCGAAGUGUUUCGCGUGGUCACUGCUGGAUGCUGCCGUUGUGAUAAUCAGCUACUUAGUUCCACGUCAAUUAAGCAGACCAUCUGGGAACAGUAUUUGUAUGCGUACGUCUAUGUGAGUGAUGCUAUUUUAAAGUAUGGCAAGAUUAUAUGGAACAUGCCAUUCAAGGUUGGAAAGUGGAUGGAAAGCUUGUUCUCGGAUAUGAAUAGUGUCAAACAUGAAUUACAAGGGCCGGAUUUCUCCGACGGAAGCUUAAAAAGGUGGUUACAAAAAGCUGAAGGGUAAUGGAAAAGUGUAGAUGUGUGGUUAACAACGAUACCGGACGUGAAACUCGAAACAUUGGGAUACUGAUAUGUCCAUGGCGGCGCAAAGCAACGAAUUUAUCUACUAAUCGAAGAAAAACCAGGAUGGUCUAGGCUUAAAUCUUAACGAGGAUACCAUCGUCGCCCGUAUGCAUAUUAAUUGAUGGGAUUCAGUUGAGGCAGCCGAGUGCAGGAGGACAACGAAGGUCAACAGCAAAACCACUGACAGACACUUUGUUGUCAUUGUUUAAAGCAACGGCAGGAAGCAAACUAGGCACGUUAUUCAAAACAGGAAGCAGUAACAGUGGCUAAGCAGUUAGUGACCGGAAAAUCGAAUGCGACAAGACCCGUGGCUUUGGGGCUGGACUUGCUUGCAGCGUUGUUACAGCUUAAUAAAUCUAAUGAGGGAAUAGUGAUAGGUUAAAUGCGUGGCCGCUAUCAUGGCGGUGCGGCUUUGUUCGUUAAGGACAACAUAACGUAGUCGCAUCUGGUGGGUGAUAUCGAUGCGUCGUCCACAAGCAUUUUAUGGGUAUACAGUUUAUCACAUCAGUAACUGUGUUUGCUGCUAUUUUCGAAAAACACUAUUUUAUAAUUUGCCCUUGUGUCCGUCCCACAUCGCUCUGAGUUAUUACUUUCACUGGCUACAUUUUUAAUUACCAUCAUAUGUAUCGUAAGAGUAAUUUAUUUCCAGCUCUGCAAGAAUUACAUUAUUUUGUAGCUAUAUAGGAUAGUUCUUCCGUUCUUGCCACUGCGACCUCUUGAUAACCCCUUUUAAUUUAUGUCAACUGUGCUCAGAAUAACUAUAUAUAAAUUAACUAUAACAGUUUAUUCUUCAAAGAUACAGCGCAGCUGUAAUACCCCACUGGCACCAGAAUGCUUCAGAAAUAAAUUUUCAGUUGAUCAACUGAGUUCGACAUAGGAUAUUUCGCUCAAUCCAUUUCUAGCACGCUCAAGCCAUUAAGCUCAUCCGUCCGACAGGAUUGUAUGUUGGGCUCUAUACAAUAUAUAUAUAUAUAUAUAUAUUGAUACGAAAUAAACAUGAAAGUUGACACAACGAUCGCAAGAUGGACGGCAUCCCGAUGCGGGUGCCUAGUUCGUUUGCUGCCGCCGUUACUGCUUGGAUGCAUCGCCUCAUCCCUGCAAGGCGCCGCUGGUGUUACAGUGACGGAAGUUCGAUUACAAACGGAUUCAGCGACGCAGGAUCAGUUCGUUCUAGAAGGUGAACCGGCUAGUCUCGUAUGCUUCUUCCAAUUAAAACCCAAUGAGGAGAUCCAACGGGUAACAUGGCUCAAAGACGGCACCGAUGAGGUGUAUGUCUGGAGAAGAAAGUUUCAGCCUUUAGCACGGCUCCUCUUUCAGGACAGAACUGACCUGUCAAACAGAUCGCCGUCGUUCGUCAAAAUCGACUCAGCCCACCGCUCAAUGCAAGGCAACUAUACCUGCCGGGUGGAGACCGAUAAGGGUGUUUCCGAGAAUGACUUUUAUCUCAUUGUGAUAGUCGACUCGUGCAAAGAACAAUCCUGGACAACGUACUCCGACAGAAUAGGUUUCAGAAGGCCCGAUUCACUGGGAACUACUUCCUACCAACCAAAAGAUGGAUGAGUACGUUCAUUCUGUCCAGUUGCAUUGAAUCAAGCAGGUUAUUCAAGAGAAGAGAUGAA